CAACACUGUUGCCAGUAUAUUCUCUCAGACACAACAAGUGAGAGUUGAAGAUCGACUGAGACAAUGGAGACACAAAGGAUCCUCAUGAGGAGUUUGGCUGUUGUGUUCAUUGCAUCUGUGAUCUGGACUAUAACAGAUGCACAACAGAAGUUUAGCAUAUGCUGUAAGGCCGUCUCCAGAGUAGAGUUUACUGAUCCAAUCAUCGGUUUCACGACGCAAGAACAAAGUCUUCCAUGUCUGAUGGCCGUCAUCUUUGAGACUGAACGAGGAAAGUUCUGCAUUGAUCCUAGCCAACCAUGGGUAAAGGAGAAAGUUAUGCAGUUUAUCAAAGCUCAAAGAAACAAACGCCAGACUUCCACGGCAUAACCAGCAUCAUCUAUCAGUGAGCACACUCAUGUGACAGGAUCUACCCAAUCAACUGAGAGCUCAUAAAUCAUGAACAUCUGAAAAUAAACUCAUAAUGAGAACA